AUGGACCAUUACCCAUAAGAACAAAAAAAAAAAUAUAACUUGAGAAAAAAAAAAGAACAGGGUAAAACAAAACACAGCAAAUCUCAAGCCAUGAACGACGGCAGAGUCAACGCAGAACAACAACAAGAAGAAGAGAUCAUCGUUGUCUCCGCCGGUAAGCCGCCGCCGCCACCGCCACCACCGACCCGCCUCCGGUCUCUUCCGCUACUGGCGGCCACGUACGGAUGUCUCUUCGCCGGCUCAAUCGCGUCGAGCCUCCUGGCGAAGUUCUACUUCGUGAACGGUGGCUCGAGCCGGUGGGUGUCCACGUGGGUCCAAUCCGCCGGAUUCCCUCUUCUCCUCCUGCCCAUCUACCUCCCCUACCUACUCUUCCCCACGCGUUUCACGCGCCGACCAUUCACGCGCUUCACGCGCCGCCACCUCGUGUUCUCCGUCUUCGUCGGCAUCAUGCUCGGAUUCAACAACCUCCUCUUCUCGUGGGGAACAUCGUAUCUUCCCGUCUCGACAUCUUCGCUUCUCCUCUCGACACAACUCAUCUUCACUCUCAUCUUGUCCGUACUCAUCGUCAAACAGAAGAUCACUUUCUCAAACCUGAACUGCGUUGUCCUGUUAACACUGAGUUCCGUACUGCUCGCUCUCGGUUCCAGCACUGAUAAACCGGCCGGUUUAACCCGGUCUAAAUACUUCAUCGGGUUUAUCUCCACGGUCGGAGCCGGUUUACUCUUCGCGCUCUAUCUCCCGGUCACGGAGAAGCUCUACCGGAGCGUUUCGUGUUACGCCAUGGUCAUGGAGAUGCAAUUGGUGAUGGAGAUUUCGGCUACGGUUCUCGCGAUGAUCGGUAUGGUUUUCGACGGCGGGUUUGCGGAGAUGGUUAAGGAGGCGAACCGGGUUUUCGCCAAAGGACCGGUUUGCUACUGGUCGGUGGCGAUCGGUGUCACGGUGGUGAUGUGGCAGCUCUGCUUCGCCGGGACCGCCGGGCUGGUAUACUUAACGUCGGGGAUCACCGGAGGAAUCUGCAUGACGGCGUUACUCGCCAUGAACGUUAUCGGCGGCGUGGUGGUUUACGGCGAUGAAUUCGGCGGCGUUAAGGCCGUUUCGACGGUUCUCUGCGUCUGGGGGUUUUGCUCGUACGUCUACGGGCUUUAUACAAAGACGAAGGAGGAUGAGAAAUUGGCGGCGGCGGCGGCGGACGGCGGAAGAGGAAAUUCCGUCGAGAAAGGUGCGGCGGAGGAGGGUGCCGGAGGUAUGGAGAUGGUGCGGGUUGGUGUAGCGGCGGCGGCGGCGGCCGAUGAAAGGGUGUGAUAUCUUUUUGAUUGUGACGUCCGUUAUGAUAAAUUAUAAUUUUAUAAUUAUAAAAAAAGUGUCUUUUUGUGUUCUUUCCUUUUCUCUUAUGAUUUUCUUCUUUUUUUUAAAAAAAAAUGUGUAUGCUUUUGUGUUUUUUUCCCUUUUUUGGUUAAUUUAGAACUUAUCUAAUCUUGGCCAUAUGAUAUCUAUGUACAUGUCACUAUGUGAAAUAUGUCAAGGCGGUCUUUAA